AUGAACUUCGAGAAGCUUCUGAGCACACUCCGUAGAAAAUAUACAGUUAAAAAGCUGUCCACCGAUACAUACUCAGUGUCAAACAACAGCAGAACCAUACAGAUAACAGACAGCGAUCAUGCCAUUUACGACGAGGCGUGCAUCGAACAUCUUUUAGAUAGGCCUGAAUCUCUGCCUGCUAACUUUGCAAACAUAGGCCGUGACGAUUUGGCUCCAAGCACCGAAUACAGACAGACAUUUACAGGAGACAGGCACAUCAAGGGAUCGAUGAUGGACUCAAGCACAUUCAUGAGAUAUGGAGGUCAGAGCACAGUUCAAGAAGACAACUCCAGUACAAACCCAUUGAUCAAAAUAGAUCCAAUAACGCCAUCGAAAAACAAAAAAGACAGCUUUGAGCCAGACAGAGACGAUUAUGUACCAGACAGAAGUAACAGGUUUCUGUAG